CCAAAACGACUAUGAUUGUGACAGUAGAUGAAACCAAGCAAAAGAUAGCGAAUUUGGAUGAGGAUGCUAUUGACGAGUUUGUACGAAAUAAAUUCAAAACACUCAACAAUAUGUUCCUUGAAAGAUCCAAUCAAUUGGAGAAAUAUGUUCUCAGCAAGAAACCCAAGAAGCCAGAGAAAAACCCUAAUGAAACGAACGAGGAAUACGAAAAUAAAUAUAAAGAAUAUAUGGCGGCUUAUGGACUGUACCGAGAAUUUAUUACCUUGAGCAUGUCCGUAAUUAAUAAGCUUAUGAACUGGCUUGACGAACUAUUUAAUGAGAUCAUCCAAUUCUUUAAGAACUUGUGGAUAUUGAUUAAAGCUAAAGCUCAGGAUAUUGCCACGAAUGUACAGAACUUUGUUGCGAAAAUUGCGGAAAAGUUUAAUCAAUUAUGCAACUAUCUUUUUGGAUAAAAAUGGAGUGUUAGACUUUUGCGUUAUGUAUGCUGUUCAUUAAUAAUAUAACAAUAUUUAGAGUAAAUAAUCAUGUUAAAAUAAAGAUUUUGAGAC